AUGGUUGCAUGGAUACAAACGGCUGUAGUAUGGGGACUGUUUUUCGCUUAUACAUCUGGAAAUGUAGUAUGCAAUGAAAACCGUAUUGGAAUAGUUCAAAUACUAGACAACAACCCAGAUGUCGAUGUUAUUAUGCUGCUAGAUUAUGACAGGGAUGUUCUGAGAAUGCCAAAUAUUUUGAUAACAAAACACAAGAAGCUGAUAAAACUUGGUGCAAGAUCUACUAACAUUGUGAAGCUGGAUGAGACUUCAGAUGAAGUACGGCUGCUGUUGAAGUAAAUACUCUUGAAGUCUCUAUUUCUUCAGCUGAAGCACAGGGACGAUAUUUUAAUGAAAAUGCCAGUGCCUAGAGCAAUACGUGCCAUGGUUAAAUUGCUGAAAUGGCGUUCUGUGAUAAUAUUUUACGAGAUCUCAACAGAAAUAGAGACAACUCAGCUUGUUGAUGGCUUAUCAAAAGAGCGUGUAAUUUUUGCAAUGUUUGACGUCGAAAAAGUUCAAGAUGCGCUUCACACUCUGAGUGAAAUAUAUGAAAAGAAAAGAGAGGUUAAGGAAAGUGUAGGCGUUGUUCUUAUGUGCAGGUUUGACAAUGCGAAGAAACUUUUAAAAGCAGCAAAUCAGUUUGAUAUAAUUAACCACAAAAAGACGCUUCUCACGAUGUCUACGAGAUGGUUGAUUGCUCUGUACGAUUACAGCCGAAAAGCUUCGAAUUUACUAAAGAAGUUCUCAAAUAACCUCGACAACGUUGUAAUUCUCGCUGUUCCAAAGUUUCAAACCAUGGAUAUUGAAGCAUUAUGCAAGCAUGUCGAAUCUACUAUGCAUGGUGCUUUGAGGGAAGAAGUAGUUGAUACAAAUUUCAAUGCCUUUAAAGUGAGAUUCAUCACCGCAUUGGAAAGGGAAGCGAAAUAUUGGAAUCCAACCAGCAAAUGUAAAGGUUACCAUAUAGACACGCUGAUGUGGACGAAUAAAGGGAGAGAAUUCAGUCGUAUUGGCUAUACGGAUUUUAACGGCAAUGUUGCCGCUUUGUCAGACAUUUUUCCAAACACAAAAUACGGAUACAAUAGGAGAUCGUUUCUUGUUUCUACGCUCUCUUACGCACCAUUUGUGAUGAAGAAACUAGUAAAUAAUACCUAUGUUUACGAAGGAUUCUGUAUGGACUUGUUGAACGAGCUAGCCAGCAAGCUGAACUUUACGUAUGACCUGACUGAACCAGCCGAUGGCAAAUGGGGAGGCUUAAGCCAUAAAGAGAAUUUAACUUUCAAUGGUCUAGUCGGUCAGUUGCAGAGAGAGGAAGUUGAUAUUGUUGCUGCACCAAUAUCAGUACAAGCAGAAAGAGAAUCUGUCAUGGAUUACAGUUACCCUUUCUUUUAUGAAUAUACAACGGUGCUAGUUAAAAAACCGGAUGCGAAUGCUACAAAGUGGCGUACUCUAAUCGAUCCAUUUAAGUGGGAGGUUUUCGUUGCUAUAGGUGCGUCUGUGUUGAUAGUUACCAUAAUAUUUUAUCUUCUUGAAAAGAACAAUCCAUUUUAUGAUGCUAGUUCCAUCAACCGAAGCGGAAACAGACAAAUAAACGGGACACCAAGAACACUAGACCGCUCGUUUUGGCAUAUAUUUGGAGCGUUGUUCUGUCAAGGAGGGGUACAUUUACCAGAAUCUACAGCUGGAAGGACAUUGAUGAGUUGUUGGUGGCUAACAUGUAUAAUUACCGUAGGCACAUAUUGUGGCAACCUUAUUGCUUUUCUUACCGUAACAAAAGAAAAACCUCCAUUCAAUACCUUACAAGAAAUGAAUAAACUGAAGGGAACAUAUAAAUGGGGGACUAUUGGCGGAACAAUCUGGGAGUGGGAGUUUCCAGUAAGAGCGAACUCUAGUCAUUCAGCAUUCAGAGCAACUGGAGAAGCAUUUAUAGAGUUCAACAAAACAGACCCAAGUGUUUUACACCUGGAUCCAGAUUAUCAUGUGAAUCGAGUAAAGGAAGGGAAGUAUGCCUGGAUAGGGGACAAAACAUAUAUAGAGAUUGUAAUGGCCACUGAAUGCAGUUUGAUGAAAAUCAAGGAGGAGUUUAUGCCACUAAUUUAUGUGUUUGGCUUUAAGGACAAGUCCUCGCAUGCUGCUAUAUUUACAGACCAAAUGAUGAAGAUUCACGAAGGAGGCUUACUGCAAAUUUGGAAAAGGAAAUGGUGGCCUAAGUCAAGUUUCUGCGCUGGCAAUUCAAUCACAGAGGCAAAACCAAUUUCAUUAAUGGAUGUUCAAAGUGCCUUUUAUGUUUGUGUAAUUGGUUUGGUCCUUAGUAUGAUUGCUUUUCUAACUGAAAUAGUAUUGAACAAAUACAGAUGGUAUUAUAGGAAUCGCAUUAACGAACGGCAGGAUGAAAACAUAAAGAAUAACGGAUCACACAGCCAAUGAGGCAUGAUAUUUUCAAGUGAAUAAGUUUGUGAACUCCA